CUGGAAGAAUACUGGAGGAGUAGGGAGCUCCUCCCAUUUCUCACAGCCACCUCCAACUCUUAAAAACACUUCCAACUGCCUCCCAGCACACAACCCAGGAAGAAAACUAGUCUGUAAAAGAGACGGUGCCAAAAGGCAAAAACAAAGGAGCUGAUGGCAAAGAAGGUAGCUGUGAUUGGAGCUGGGGUCAGUGGCCUGAUUUCUCUGAAGUGCUGUGUGGAUGAGGGACUUGAGCCCACUUGCUUUGAGAGAACUGAAGAUAUUGGAGGAGUGUGGAGGUUCAAAGAGAAUGUGGAAGAUGGCCGAGCAAGUAUCUAUCAAUCUGUUAUUACCAACACCAGCAAAGAAAUGUCCUGUUUCAGUGACUUUCCAAUGCCUGAAGAUUUUCCAAACUUCCUGCAUAAUUCUAAACUUCUGGAAUAUUUCAGGAUGUUUGCCAAAAAAUUUGAUCUGUUAAAAUAUAUUCAGUUCCAGACAACUGUUCUUAGUGUGAGAAAAUGUCCAGAUUUCUCAUCCUCUGGCCAAUGGAAGGUUGUCACUCAGAGCAACGGCAAGGAGCAGAGUGCUGUCUUUGAUGCAGUUAUGGUUUGCAGUGGCCACCACAUUCUACCUCAUAUCCCGCUGAAGUCAUUUCCAGGUAUUGAGAGAUUCAAAGGCCAAUAUUUCCAUAGCCGCCAAUACAAACAUCCAGACGGAUUUGAGGGGAACCGCAUCCUGGUGAUUGGAAUGGGAAACUCAGGCUCAGAUAUUGCUGUUGAGCUGAGUAAGAAGGCUGCUCAGGUUUUUAUCAGCACCAGACAUGGCACCUGGGUCAUGAGUCGUAUCUCUGAAGAUGGCUAUCCUUGGGACUCGGUGUUCCACACGCGGUUUCGCUCAAUGCUCCGCAACGUACUGCCACGAACAGUUGUAAAACGGAUGAUAGAACAACAGAUGAAUCGGUGGUUCAACCAUGAAAAUUACGGCCUUGAGCCUCAAAACAAAUAUGUUAUGAAGGAACCUGUACUAAAUGAUGAUCUCCCAAGUCGUCUACUCUAUGGAGCCAUCAAGGUGAAAUCUACAGUGAAAGAGCUCACAGAAACUUCUGCCAUCUUUGAGGAUGGAACAGUGGAGGAGAAUAUUGAUGUCAUUGUUUUUGCAACGGGAUAUACUUUCUCUUUUCCCUUCCUUGAAGAUUCACUUGUUAAAGCAGAAAAUAAUAUGGUCUCACUGUAUAAAUACAUAUUCCCCCCUCACCUGGAGAAGUCAACCCUUGCAUGCGUUGGUCUCAUCCAGCCCCUAGGUUCCAUUUUCCCAACUGCUGAACUUCAAGCUCGUUGGGUGACACGCGUUUUCAAAGGCUUGUGUAGCCUGCCCUCAGAGAGAACUAUGGUGAUGGACAUGAUCAAAAGGAAUGAAAAAAGAAUUGACCUGUUUGGAAAAAGCCAGAGCCAGACGUUGCAGACUAAUUACGUUGACUACUUGGAUGAGCUCGCCUCAGAGAUAGGUGCAAAGCCAGAUUUCUGCUCUCUCUUGUUCAAAGAUCCUAAACUGGCUGUGAGACUCUAUUUUGGACCCUGCAACUCCUAUCAGUAUCGCCUGGUUGGGCCUGGGCAAUGGGAAGGAGCCAGGAGUGCUAUUUUCACCCAGAAACAAAGGAUACUGAAGCCGCUGAAGACUCGGUCCCUCAAGAAUUCAUCUAAUUUCCCAGCUUCCAUUCUUUUGAAAAUCCUGGGCCUUCUUGCUGUUGUGGUGGCCUUUUUUUGCCAACUUCAUUGGUCCUAGUCAGCAUAAUGCUUUGGGAUUUAUUAUCUUGUCAGUCACUACCUCUUAAAAAAAAAAAGACUAAAAGAAAAAAAUAUUAAAUUCAUCUUCUAAUUAUAAAUUUUAGAGUUAGGUAAACAAGUGAGAGGGGGAAUUGUAGAGAAUUAGCAGAAAUAUGUCUAUGUACAAAACCAAAAUUAUGUCAUGAAAUUUCUUUGCCAUUCCACGUUUCCCUCAGUUCAUCAGAGUCACCAAAAAAUAAAAUAAAAUAAUACCGUCUCAUGUAAAUAGUGCUGCCAACCCGGAUAUAGGAGAGUUGUAUGGAAAAAUAGUAGAAUUACACAGCAUGAAAAGCAGCCUAUGGUUUAAAUUAUUGGACAAUUUAAAUUGUGGGUAAAUAUUUAAAAUUCCUGAACAAUGUUUUUGAUGGUCUUCUAUCCGCCCUACCUGGUAACAAUGUUCUCAAGAUGUGAGAAGGUUGUUACCAGGUAGAGCGGAUAGAAGACCACCAUGUUUCCUUUGCUCCAUGGGGAUCACUCAAAACUACUCUAGAAAAAGUGAGAGGACAGACUUAGGAAGCAUCAGUAAUGCUCAGAUGAACUUUUAGGACCUCAUCUUAAGAUGAGGCUGUUUGCUUAGCUCAGCCACAUUUCCUAGAUUUUGACAGAAAUACUGCUGGAAAAAAUAAAAUUAAAAUGCCAUAAUAGCUACUUAACAAAUAUGUAUAUAUUUAAUACUUAUCAUAGACCAGACAUUGUGCUUUGGGCACAUCAUAUGUAUUAUUUCAUUUAAUUCUCCCAACAAUUCUGUGAGGUGGGUACAGCUAUUAAAGUCAUUUCACAGAUAAUGAAACUAAGAUUCUGAGCAGCUGAUCUUGCAAGGCAGCUGGAAUUGGAAACCAGGUUUGUUGGACUAUAGACCUAAAGAUUAUAACCUUGUCCUGUAAAACAUUUACAAAACAAUGCAUUAGUUAUAAAGAAUUUACUAACAGUUUUAUUUA